AUGGAGAGCAAUAAAUCAAACGCCCCUGAGGUCAAAUUGGCCGAUGCCCCGGACGAGAACAGUUCCAUGGCAAAGACCAAAUCCUUAACUGAAGGCCAAGUGCUGGAGACUGCUUUGCACCAGGACUUCAGUCUUUGGAGCACAUUGGGAAUCGGCUUUUCGUACAUCGCAACGCCACUGUCCAUCGGAACCUUUCUGGCAUUUAGCCUUUCGGCGGGUGGAAGCCCGUACUUUUUCUAUGGAUAUAUUGUCUGUUUCUUCUUCCAAACCUUGGUCGUCUUGAGUUUGGCCGAGAUUGCUGCAUUUCUACCUCAUACCUCAGGUCAAAUCUUCUGGACGUCCCGACUAGCACCCCGAGCAUUUGCUAGGCCGCUAAGUUAUUUUACUGGAGCAUUCACCAUGAUGGCUUGGACUUUCUGGACAUCUGCCACCUUUUUAUUCACUGCACAGCUAGUUCUGGCUUUUGUCCAAGUCUGUGGGUCAACCUGGGAUCAGAAAGGAUACCAAGUGUUUCUCCUGUAUGUUGCCUGCAGUAUAUACGCAUUCUUCAUCAAUACAUGGGGCUUCAAAUUCAUGCCUUUUAUGUCAAAGUUCAUGCUCGGAUAUAUCAACCUAGGGGCUUUGUUCAUCUUGAUUGCCCUCCUGGUCAGAGCUACACCCAAGCCAUCACCAAGACAAGUCUUUGUCGACAUCAAUAAUGAGACAGGGUGGUCAUCAAAUGGAAUGGUUUUUUUCCUGGCACUUUUGCCAGGACUGACUGCCCUGAAUGGAUUCGACUCGGCCGCACACAUGGCAGAUGAAGUUCCCCAUCCUGCAAAGCAAAUACCUCAAGUCAUGAUCGGCCUGGUCCUCCUCUGCGGCUUUGCUGGGCUUCCGAUGGUUAUAGCGCUUUUGUUUUCGAUCACAGAACCAGCAAACCUCCUGAUUUCGACCCAACCAAUCUUUACACUUUUCCACGACAGCAUGAGGUCUCAACCGUUGGCCAUUAUUGCAUGUGUUAUCUAUCUGGGCCUGUUCUUUUUCGCCUGCGGCUCCAUUGUAACAACACUCAGCCGUGUUUGGUGGUCCUUCUCGCAGUUGGGGUCACUGCCAUGGGCAAAAUGGCAAGGCCACCUCAAUCCAGGAUGGUUACUCCCCGUCAAUUCGAUUAUUGUGGUUUCAAUCCUUCAGUUUCUGAUCGGACUGCUCAUCUUUGGUCCCACGACGGUAUUAUACGGCAUCACCGGAAGUGCAGCCAUCUGCUUCUUCUUUUCCUACAUGAUCCCGAUCGUCUGCCUGUUGGUUAAAGGACGAAAAUCACUACCCAAGAAAAGAUAUUUCAACCUUGGACGACUUGGGCCCAUCAUCAACAUUAUCAGUGUGGCUUGGGCAAUGCUGGUGACCGUUUUCCUAUGCUUUCCCACCUCGUAUCCCGUCACGGCGAGUUCGAUGAACUACGCUUCGGCCGUGGUCGCGGUGGGCUUGUUUCUGUUCGCUCUGGUGUGGAUAUUCCAUGCUCAGAAGCACUAUACCUUGCCCAUUGCGUUGUUUGCAUCUGAAUUGCACGGGAACGAUGCCAACAUUACUGUGGUGACUUGUGCUGAGCAUCCUCAGUAG